AUGAACUCCUUUGAGCAACUGGCCUCCAGGCAGAGCACUGCACCACGAAGAACUAAUAGACCAGCGACGACAGCUACAAGCAUUGCAUCUCAAGAUAUCGUCUGCGCUAUUAGUGAAUCAUCUGGAGUCUCAUCAACAGUAGGUCUCGCCUUUGUGAACCUCUCGACUGCAGAGGCGGUCCUGUGCCAGAUCUGCAACAGCCAGACCUAUGUCAAAACUAUCACCAAAAUCGGGGUAUUCGAGCCUACUGAAGUGCUUUUCAUGAGCACAGCUAAAGACUCCAAACUAUUCUACAUUGUUCAGGAGAAUGUUCCUGAAACCACGUUCACUUUCGUCGACCGCAAAUAUUGGUCUGAAAGGGUGGGCCACGACUAUGUGGAUCAACUUGCUUUUUCGGAGAAUGUAGAAUCCAUCAAAUGA